AGUUUGGUUUCAACCUGCAGCGUCUUUUCAUCUCUCGUUGACUCUCUCUCUCCCUUCCUUUUCCCCACGAUGAUGGCUUCCAUGCUUCCGGCUAACAAAAUCUUCAUGUCACUGGCCCGGCAGAGCAGUUUCAAAUGCCAAAUGUCUCCGUUAAACCCUUUAUCACGAUCUUCUUCUUCUUUAAGACGGCCGGAAACAUCAACGGAGGCAACACGAUUACACCUAGCCAACCUCGAAAAACUCCUCCAAACGUCAGCCCCAGCUGACCGGAAACCGAUUCUCAAAGAUUCCAACAAUGGGUCAAUGGAAAUUAAGGGAAAAGGACCUCUAGAGGGGCUCAAUUUGGCCAGACUAAUGUGGCCGGAAAUGAAGGCCGCCGAGGAAAUGUCCCCUCGACAUCUUAACCGCCUCCAACGACUCCUGUCGAAGACAGGAGAGUACUCUCCGAGAAACAAUCUCGGCAGCAAAUGGCGCGAGUACCACGGUUGCAAUCACUGGAAAGGGCUUCUGGACCCGCUCGACGAGAAUCUCCGGCGAGAGGUGGUCCGGUACGGCGAGUUCAUACAAGCCGCCUACCAUUCCUUCCAUUCCAAUCCUGAGAUGUCGGCUCAGGAGCCGCCGCAGCCGCGUCACGUGGCGCUGUCUGACAGGUCCUACAGAGUCACCAAGAGCCUCUACGCCACUUCGUCCAUUGGAUUGCCGAAGUGGGUCGACGACGUGGCGCCGGAUCUUGGUUGGAUGACCCAGCGGUCCAGCUGGAUCGGUUAUGUUGCCGUCUGCGAAGACAAGAGGGAGAUCAACCGGAUGGGGCGGAGAGAUAUCAUCAUCGCCCUCCGUGGGACCUCCACGUGUCUCGAAUGGGCUGAGAAUUUCAGGGCCCAGCUCGUCGAUAUGAACCAAAACCACGGGCAAGCCAAGGUCGAAUGCGGGUUCCUGAGCCUCUACAAGACACGUGGUGCGCACGUGCCAAGCCUAGCCGAGUCGGUGAUCGACGAAGUGAAAAGGCUGACGGAGUUGUACAAAGGAGAGACACUAAGCAUAACGGUCACUGGCCACAGCCUGGGCGCAGCGUUGGCUUUGCUAGUAGCUGACGAUAUCAGCACAUGCACCGCCGACGUACCGCCGGUCGCAGUAUUCUCCUUCGGCGGACCUCGCGUCGGCAACAGAGGGUUCGCCGACCGUAUUAACACCAACAACGUUAAAGUUUUAAGAAUUGUCAACUCCCAAGACGUCAUCACCAGGGUCCCUGGCACGCUUAUGAGCGAGGAGAUGGACCAGAAACUAAGAAACACAAAGGUCGGAGGUGUCCUCGACAUGCUCGACAGAAACAUGCCGUUGGCGUACUCGCACGUCGGAGAAGAACUACGGGUUGACACGAAGAUGUCGCCGUAUUUGAAGCCAGAUGCUGACAUGGCGUGCUGCCAUGACUUGGAGGCUUACCUACACUUGGUGGACGGAUUUAUGGCGUCGAAUUGUCCAUUCAGAGCAAAUGCAAAGAGAAGUCUUGUGAGGCUGCUACAAGAUCAGAAAUCUAACGUGAAAAAAUUGUAUACUAGUAAGGCAAAAACGCUGAGUUUAAAUCUUGAAACACAGCGACUGCCCAUGUCCAUGUCUACUUGCUUGCCUAGUCCCUCAUCUUGAUGUAUAUAUACAUCAAAAUGGUACAUACUUCCAUCAACAAAACUUGAAAUGAGGUCUACAAUUAAUGUCCAUGUUUUUUGUUUCGCUUCGAUACGAUAUAAAUUAAAUGAUUAAAUUUAUUCA